ACACUCCAGAAGUUCAAGAAGGGAAGUGGCAUGCGCUGCAAGGGUGUGACUUUUGUGAAAGAACAGCCUGCAGGGCCCAGGCAGUUGGUCAUCCCUUCCCUUCUCUGAAGAAAGGGGACACUUUCAAUGCAGGAAGAGUAGGAGGAAAGAGAGAGAAAGAAAGAUUUAGGGCUGACAUUCCCCAAGUCCCUGCUUCGUGAGCAUAAGAAGGCCUGAAACAUUUAGAUUCUGGGGACCACCUCCUGGAUACCCCCAUUCUGAAGCAGAGUUGAUAUUUUUUGCAAUUGUCUGGGGUCAGCAUCUAUCCUGUGGGGACAGUCCCUUCAUCCAGCAGUGAUGGCCUUGGCUGAUUUUCAUUACACCACAGGGAUCAGCAGUGGAUUCAAAGUCUAUAUCUUGGAAGGCCACUCUUCCUUUGAGAACCAGCAGAGGUUCCACCCCCUCCCACCCUACCGGCUGCCCACGUGUCCCAUCAAGCGCAAGGCCAGCCUUGAUGGGAGAAGAAUUCCUGAGGGUCAGAAGGCAUCCAAAGCCAGGCGAUUGUCAUGCCUGCCUGUUGCCGCCUCUCUGGAGCAGGUGGCCCCUCCUGCAGCCGUCCCCGUGGCCCCCAUUGCCGUGUCCUGCGUCUCCACUUCCAGCGCUGUUACUUGCAGGGAUUCCCGGGGGCUUCUCCCCUCCUGUGCACAGAAACGCCCCCCAAGGGCGCCCCUCUCAGAGCCCGCCCUCACAAUCGCCCAGCUGCAGCAGAUGCGACCGUCGGUCAUCACCUGUGCCCCGCGUCGGAGCUGCCCGGAGGCGCCGCCAAGUCCCAGCUCCCCACUCUCCCCAGCCAAGCAGAAGAACAACAUGACCUCCAAUUCUCCUCGCUCUCAAAGGCUUUGUCCAUGGAAUACCAGCAUCUCGGCUUCAUUCAGCAGAGCAGCAUCUCCCAAGCAGACAAUCAAAGAGGCAGACAGGAAUCUCUAACCUAGCUUUUGAUAGCUUAGUAGUCAUUGCCCUUGGCCUGGGGGAGUCCUCUUCUACCCCUGAAGCAGCCUGUCCUUCUUAGGACUGGGCCUCAAAAUCAUGCUCACUUCUUCCCCUUUUUUUGUAUCUUGGUAGCCUACUCUGUUCCUACACCCUAAACCUGGCUUAGGCAUCUUGGUGGUAGCUGCAUCCCUGACUUUAAAUCCAUGUAUGUGAAAGCUCCCCUCAAAAUAGAGAAUUGUCUUGCUAAUCUCCACAGGUGAGCAAUCUUCUAGUUCAGCAUUUUGGUUCCAGUAAAAACCAGCCGUAUGCCUCCUCACAACAGGCAAGAGAUGACAUUCUUUGUCCUUGCCAUGUGGUGCUUGGGUAUACCUUUAUAUACUAAGGUCCAUUGGGUUACUGUCUCUACCAAUGUUUUUCGGCUUUAAGAUGUGUGCAUCUGAAUCUCCAAAUUUCCCCAGCCGUCAUUAAAGUUUGCCAGGUUUGAGAAAUCCUUUCCUAUACCAAUAGUCAUCUCAGAAUCCUUUGGGAGUGAAAAUAAAUCCUCUCAGCAGAAGAAGGGGAUUUAGGAGUAAAAAAAAACCUCAGCCUAAGGAGGAGAAGACAAAUCGAGCCCAAUAAUAACUGAACACAAUCGUGAUCCAGGAACAUCAGAAAGAGGGGAACAGAAAACUGGAGGAAAUGAAAUGGCGUUUCCUAGAAAAAGGAAAUGGCAUGGCUAUCUGGAACCUAGCACAUUUUCUUGCAGAUCCUACCUGUCAUAGCAAUCAUCCAUCAAAGAAUCGUAGCAGUGUGCAUGGUGUCAGAGUAUGUGUAAGAGGCAUGUGCGGGCUAAUAAUACAGAUAGUCUUCGACUUACAAUAGUUCAUUUAGUGACCGUUCAAUGGCACUGAAAAAGUGACUUAUGACCAUUUUUUACACUUAUGACCAUUGCAACACCCCCUUGCUCAUGUGAUUUAC